GAGGCAGCCGAUUUGUGAGGUGGACCGUGCGCUUUUCAUAGUGUGGUUGUCGCUCAUUUGGGUUGGUAGUUCGGUUCUGUGCACCGAGUGUUGCAGUGAAUUUCAUCGGUCCACGUUGAGGGAGCGCGAGAGGAGCGAAGAGUGUGCGAAAGAGUAAGGCCGGAAUCGCCAAAGAGCAUUUUGCUUGUGUGAAAGAGAGAGAGAGCGGGAGAGAGAAGAGAGAACGAGCGAGAAAACUUGCCCAGCGCCGCCGCAGCCUACUUCUAAACAGCAAAUUUUCACGUCUACACAACAUAAAAUCCAGCAGUAGCAGCAAGAUGAUGUCCACAAACACAUGCUUCAAGUGUGACCGCCCCGGCCACUAUGCCCGUGACUGCCAGAACGUUGGCGGCGGUGGUGGCCGCGGUGUUGGCGGACCACGCGAUCGUCGCGAUUUCGGUCGCCGCGAGAAAUGCUACAAGUGCAACCAAAUGGGCCAUUUCGCGCGCGACUGCAAGGAGGAUCUGGACCGGUGCUACCGGUGCAACGGAAGUGGUCACAUUGCUCGUGACUGCAGCCUAUCUCCCGAUGAUUCGUGCUGCUACAACUGCAACCAGAGCGGCCACCUGGCCCGCAACUGCCCGGAGAAGAGCGAUCGUGACAUGAACAUGUCGUGCUAUAACUGCAACAAGAGCGGCCACAUUUCGCGUAACUGUCCAUCGGGUGACAAGUCGUGCUACAGCUGUGGCAAGAUUGGCCACUUGAGUCGCGACUGCACAGAGAACAAGGGUCGGGAUUAGAAGUCGGGUUACUCGUCGUGGUGUGGCAGUAACAACAGCACUGCGGCGUAUUUCCGCUUGCCACAUCAGUCCUCGUCCUCCUCCUCCGUAGCAGCAGCAGCAGUAAAUGUAACGUCAUCUCCGCAUCAGCAGCAACAGCAGCAGCA